AUGGACGACGAAAGACAAAAAAAAGUGCCAAAAAUUUUUCUGGAGAACUAUCUCCCAUAUAAAUUUCAUAAAAAUCAGGAUGUGGGACUUCGUUCUCGUCGCCGGCGUACCGAGGGUAGCCCGUUGCUCGUGUAUACCAGUCCGCACCGAGAUUCCGGCGCGUAUCGGUCCUUCUUUGUCGCGGCGUCUCACGUGGUCGCGCAGCUGCUACUCGUCCGUCCAACCCUCGUGGAAGGACGGCAAUCGAGGAAUCUGGAAAUAUUAGGACAGAUAUCGAGCCACCAUCAUGGGACGCAGUAUGCAUCGAUGUCAGAGAGUUACAAAAACAAUUCCGUCUUACCCAGGUUCGCUGAGGAAAUACAAAAUGUGACAGUCAGCAGAGGUCGAGACGCUUUGUUAGCCUGCAUAGUUGACAAUCUUUGGAAUUAUAAGGUGGCAUGGGUGCGUGUCGACACACAAACUAUCCUAUCCAUCCACCAUAAUGUCAUCACCCAAAAUCCACGUAUAUCGUUGACGUACAAUGACCAUCGUACGUGGUACCUUCACAUAAAGGAGGUUCAAGAGGUGGACCGUGGAUGGUACAUGUGUCAAGUGAACACGGACCCCAUGAGAAGUCGACAGGGAUACCUGCAAGUUGUAGUGCCACCCUCCAUUAUCACGAAAGACACCAGCACAGACAUGGUUGUCCGCGAGGGCUCAAACGUGACGCUGGUGUGUAAAGCUACAGGAUAUCCGGAGCCUUACGUCAUGUGGCGUCGAGAGGACGGGAAGAAUAUAAAUUAUAACGGCGAGAGUGUGAAUGUCGUGAACGGUGAGGUGCUACACGUAGUGAAGAUCAGCCGACUGCAUAUGGGAGCUUACUUGUGCAUCGCUUCGAACGAUGUUCCACCCCGUGUCAGUCAACGCAUAUCUGUUCGCGUGCAAUUCCCUCCUAUGCUCUCGAUACCGAACCAACUGGAAGGGGCGUAUAUUGGACAAGACGUCACGUUAGAAUGCCACACCGAAGCCUACCCUACCUCGAUCAAUUAUUGGACGACCGAAAGGGGCGACAUGAUCAUCUCUGGUGACAAGUACGAAGCGGUGUAUACCGACGACGGUUACAACAAGUACAUGAUGCUGAAGAUCAGAAACAUCCGACCGAAGGAUUUCGGCUCGUACAAAUGCGUGGCGCAGAACUCUCUCGGUACGACCGACGGUGACAUCAAAUUGGACGAGAUUCCAGCUCCCUCGACAACGUCCACCACUCCACCGCCGUACCACGUAACAUCGUCGAUGAAGAAAAACGGUAGAAACGGUAACAAGAAAUUACGACAACGACCUAUCGACUACGAGGUCGAGGAAUGGCGAGAUCCAGAUUACGACAGGGAUUACGGUCCGCCGUCGAUGAGGCCGCCCGGCGAGCCUCCGGUGGACGCGCUGAGUCCGGCCGUGUCCCAUCGGGCUCGGCUCGUUCUUCAUCUUUCGGUGAGUCUGCUGUCACUGCUACUCCCGGCCAUCCGAAGGUGA